AUGCCUACAGAACUCCAAUUCCCUGCUAUUUUCGUGCUCCCGGUUCAUCUCCAGCCCGAUCGUCUCCACGAACUCGAGGAGAGGAUACCGACAAUUACAUAUAAUAUCAACGAAGCUGAUGUUAUUCUGGGAAAUAUUUCCAAGCCAGAGAGGGCCUUAUUUGAGUUAAGGCGGCGGAAAGUCAGCUUUGAGCCAACGCAAUCCCACUUAGAUUCUACUGGGCCAGACCCAAAGAGACGAAAAGUAUCUGAGGCGCAAUCGGAACGACCGUCGAAUCUGCUACAAAUAGCGAGACUCGAGUGGCUCUCGGAUUCUUUAGAGCAAAAGCGAGUGUUGCCUUUGGACGACUACCUCAUUCUCGAAGUCACCAAGAAAACACCCGUUCCCGGCUCGAGGAGAACCCCGGUAGUUAGCAACUCCACAAUUCCCGGUUCUGCGGCAGAACGUACGCCGGGAUCAAGCCCGAGAAAGCGGCCUUUGCUCCUGCAGAAAUCCACCUCUGAUGAUUCUUCUUUACCCCCGGUUCCGGACUUUCUUCACACAGCAUAUUCUUGCCAGCGUCCGACUCCGCUAGAGCCACCCAAUUCCUCAUUUAUCGACCUCCUCAAGAAAAUCAGGAAGCAGAGGAUUCUAAAUGGCGACCAAGUGGGAGUCAGAGCCUAUUCCACGUCCAUUGCUUCUCUCGCCGCUUACCCAUAUCCUCUACAAAGCCCCCACGAGGUCACAAGACUUCCCGGCUGCGGCCGCAAGAUUGCCGAGUUGUUCCAACAGUUCAAGGAUACUGGAAUGAUCGACGAAGCAAAUGAAAUCGACACAGACCCACGGCUUUCUGUUCUUAUAGGUGUCAAGUUCUAUGAUGAGCUCAAGAUCAAAAUUGGGAGACCUGAAGUUGAGUUCAUUGCAAACACUAUCCUCACCUAUGCGAGGAGGGUGGACCCCGCGUUCGAGAUGAUGGUUGUGGGGGGGUAUCGCCGGGGGCAGAAAGGAAGUGGUGAUGUUGAUGUAGUUCUCAGUCACCCAGACGAAGCACUCACUCGGCAUUUCAUUGGCCAGCUCGUGGUCAUGCUUGAGAAAGGUGGAUUUAUUUCCCAUACACUUAGCCUCUCCACUAGAAAUAGCGACCGCGGGCAGGAACCGUUGCAAUGGAAGGGGAGGGCAGCUAGAGGAUCUCCCGGAUUCGAUACUUUGGAUAAGGCCAUGUUGGUUUGGAAGACGCCCAAGCAAGGCUUGCCCAAAGGUCGUGACGGUGGCAGUCAUGCCCAGGAAGAACCCCUACAUCGAAGAGUGGACAUAAUCAUCAGCCCUUGGAAAACUGUUGGCUGCGCUAUCCUCGGCUGGAGUGGCGGUACUACUUUUGAGCGAGAUCUGAGGCGGUAUUGCAAAAUGGAGAAAUCGCUCAAAUUUGAUAGCAGUGGCAUCCGAAGCCGCAUUGAUGGGUCUUGGGUGGACUUGGAAGGUGGUGAACGCGGAAGAGCGCCGAACAUGGAAACGGCAGAGAAGAGGGUUUUCGAGGGACUUGGUCUCACGUGGAUAAGGCCAGAACAGCGGUGUACCGGGUAG